AUGUUUGGGCGCCCAUUCCAGGACAUCAGAGUCUUGAAGGAUAUCAUGAUCGAGGUAGGCUUCAAAGAUGUCUACGCUCAGAUGUUCAAGUGGCCCACGAAUUCAUGGCCCAAAGACCGAAAGCACAGGGAACUCGGUUUUUGGAACCACGACAACUUCUGUGCUGGACUCGAGGGCUUCAUGAUGGCACCUCUCACGAGAGCACACAACUGGACCAAAGAGGAAGUCACUGUUUUCGGGAUGCAGGUGCGCAAUGACAUGAGAAACAGAAACAUACAUGCCUAUUCUGCCGUCUGGUCGAUCUACGGGCGGAAGCCAGGCAACAACGAGGCAUAG